AUGUCUGCCUUGAACUCUUUCACAAUGUACAAGAGCGCCAUCAUCUUGGGCUCUUUGCUCGCAACAGCUGGUGCUCAGCAGAUUGGUACUUUAACCACUGAAACCCACCCCCCUUUGACCUGGUCUACUUGCAAAUCAGGUGGUAGCUGCACCUCAAACUCCGGCUCCAUUGUGUUGGAUGCCAACUGGCGUUGGGUCCAUAGUGUCAAUUCUAGCACCAACUGCUACACUGGCAACACUUGGAAUACAAACAUCUGUGAUACUGAUGCCAGCUGCGCUCAAGACUGCGCUCUAGAUGGUGCAGACUACUCGGGCACGUACGGUAUCACUACCUCCGGCAAUUCAUUGCGCUUGAACUUCGUCACCAGCUCCAACGUCGGAUCUCGUACCUACCUGAUGGCCGAUAACACACACUACCAGAUGUUCGACCUGUUGAACCAGGAGUUCACCUUCACUGUCGACGUUUCGAACCUUCCUUGCGGUUUGAACGGUGCCCUCUACUUUGUCACCAUGGAUGCCGACGGUGGUAUCUCCAAGUACCCCAACAACAAGGCUGGUGCUCAAUACGGUGUUGGAUACUGCGACUCUCAAUGUCCUCGUGAUUUGAAAUUCAUCGCUGGUCAGGCCAACAUUGAGGGCUGGGCGCCCUCCAGCAAGAACAACAACACUGGAAUCGGCAACCACGGAUCUUGCUGCUCGGAGCUUGAUAUAUGGGAGGCAAACAGCUUCUCAGAGGCCUUGACUCCUCACCCUUGCGAUACACCCGGUCUGACUGUUUGCACUGGCGAUAACUGCGGUGGUACCUACAGUAACAAUCGUUACGCCGGUACCUGCGACCCCGACGGAUGUGACUUCAACCCUUACCGUCUUGGUGUCACUGACUUCUACGGCUCCGGCAAGACCAUCGACACCACUAAGCCAUUCACCGUUGUUACUCAAUUUGUCACUAACGACGGCACCUCCACCGGUACCCUCUCCGAGAUCAGACGUUACUACGUCCAGAACGGCGUUGUCCACCCCCAGCCUUCUUCCAAGAUCUCCGGAGUCAGCGGAAAUGUCAUCAACUCUGACUUCUGUGCUGCUGAGAUCUCCACUUUUGGCGAGACUGCUUCCUUCACCAACCACGGCGGCUUGCCCAAGAUGAGCGCUGGUAUCUCAGCUGGUAUGGUUCUGGUCAUGAGCUUGUGGGACGACUACGAUGUCAACAUGCUCUGGCUCGACAGCACUUACCCCACAAACGCAACUGGUACCCCUGGCGCUGCUCGUGGCUCCUGCGCUACAACCUCUGGUGACCCCAAGACCCUUGAAUCCCAAUCCGGUAGCUCCUAUGUCAUCUACUCUGACAUUAAGGUUGGUCCUUUCAACUCUACUUUCAGUGGCACUGGUUCUACCACUGGCUCUACUACCACCACGACCACCAAACCCUCUACUUCCAUGAGCUCUACUUCCACGACCACCAAGACCUCUACUUCUACUGCCAGCACUUCUACUGGAACUGGAGUUGCUGCGCACUGGGGUCAGUGUGGUGGCCAGGGAUGGACUGGUCCUACUGCCUGUGCCAGUGGAUUCACUUGCACCGUCGUGAACCCUUACUACUCUCAAUGCUUGUAA